GCGGGCGCCUCCUCCAUGUGGGCCUCGUGCUGCGGACUCCUGAACGAGGUGAUAGGGGGCACAGGGACCAUGCGGCCGCCUGGAGCUCAGCCCGGCUUCCCCCCCGGCGCGCGGCCCUUCCGAUUCGCUCCCAGCGCCGGCUACUCCACCUACCCGCCCACAGCCACGCCCCCCGCCUCCAGCAUCCCCGCCCCCAACAGCACUAACAGCACCGGAACCGGUGCCAACGGCGCCCCUGCUGGGCCAUCGUGUAAAGCAUGCGGACAGGCCUUCUCUGUCUUCAGGAGGAAGCACGUGUGCUGCGACUGCCGCAGGAGUUUCUGCGCGCUGUGCUCGGUGCUGCACGGGAGCCUGCGGCGCUGCGCCACCUGCCACCUGCUCUGGUCCACGGCCUUCCAGCGGCCGCUGCUGAUGCGGCUGCGGGUGCGAGACCUGCGCCAGUACCUGUCGCUCCGCAACAUCCCUACAGACACCUGCAGGGAGAAGCAGGACCUGGUGGACCUGGUGCUGUGCUCCGUCACACUGGGGCCGCGGCCGCGCAUCGGGGAGGAGGAGGAGGAGGACGAGGACGAGGAGGAGGAGAGGCAAGAGGAGGAAGAGGAUGGAGACGGGAGCAGGGUGCUCCUCACCCCUCCUCAGGACUCCUCCUCCACGGCGUCUUCGUCGGCGUCGCACCACUCGGCUCUGUCCAUCAACGCCGUGACCACCAGCUCUCAGGACGACACCACACUCAGCCCCAGCGACAGCUCUGGCACCAGUAGUACACAGGAACAAACAGACGCAGCAUCCCUUUCAAUACUCAACAUAGAGGACAGCACCAGCACUGAGGCCAGUCCGGGUAGCCAGCGGCGUGCGCGGGCCUCGCUGUCGGACAUCGGCCAGGAGGAGGCGAUAGAGGGGCUGACGGUGCGGCAGCUGAAGGAGAUCCUGGCACGCAACUUCGUCAGCUACUCCGGCUGCUGCGAGAAGUGGGAACUGGUGGAGCGCGUACACCGCCUGUACAGGGACAACCAGCAGAACAGGAGAUCUAUGGAGAAUGUCAGCAGUGAUUUUACAGCAGUAACGACGUACCCUCCUCCCGUCUGCCUAGGAGAACUCGGAGAUGGCGUGAUGAGGCCGCAGUUGAGCGCGGUGGAUGAGAACCUGUGUCGCAUCUGCAUGGACGCGCUGAUCGACUGCGUGCUGCUGGAGUGCGGUCACAUGGUCACCUGCACCAAGUGUGGCAAGCGCAUGAACGAGUGCCCCAUCUGCAGGCAGUACGUGGUGCGCGCCGUGCACGUCUUCAAGUCCUAA